AUGCUGUCGAAGACGAAAUCUGCGUCCAGUUUUGUGAAAAUUGCUUAUCCGAAUAGAGUUGCUCCUGAAAAUCUGCACUCUGUUCUACAGCCAUUUGCAAAAAUUGACUCCAAACAGGAUUUGUUAUCGGCUGAAGUGGCGCAUUUGCGGGAAGAAUCUGCGUUCACGCCUCGUACUGUAUAUGAUUUGGAUUCUUUACUGCUGAACGCAGCGCAGCAGCCAUCUUCAGCCACACUUACGAACGAUGACCGAGAUCGGUAUGCGUGCAUUUUGGACGUCUUACAACUUGAAAAACUGUUCGGUAUUGACUGUUUGAGAAUACUGGGUCGCAGCUGUGGCGUUGCUGCUGUGAGUGGUCGGGUGCAGCUACCCCAAAAUUAG